AUGUCGGAGAAUUCAAGCAACCCUCCGACUCCUCUGCACGAAUUCUUCACAUUUCAAACAAAAACUAAUGUGUUGCCUGAGAGAAUUCCACUAAGUGCUUUUGAUCCAUUCUCUCUUCCAAGUCGAGGCGGGAUCUCUCCACUUAGCUGGUUGCUGUUCAAGUCCAACCAAACUAGGUGCAAUUUGCCAACUCUUUCGAUAUCUGAUCAUUCAAGCUGUUAUUUGCAAGUUGCAAAACAGCUAGCCUCGCUAGAUACUCGAAUUCUCAUGGAAUCUCACCACUCAGCCCAUUGCUUGCGAGUGAAAACCAUUCCAGAUUAA